AUGUCGGACCAGGCCCCAUCCCCUCCGAGCCCGCCACCUUCGCACUGGGAACCCAUCGACGACCGCCUCCUAGAGGAAAUAUACGCCGCGGACCAGGCAAUCUACCCAGCCCCCCUCCUGACCUAUGAGCGCCUGAAGAGCUGGGCCGCCGCCUGCCCGGAGUUGUGCAUCUGCCUGCGCCGGCACGGCUCCGAGCCCCCGGCACAGGGCGUGGUCAUCGUGCUCCCGGUGAGGGAGGAGUAUUGGGGGUGUCUCGUCGCAGGCGAGCUGAGGGAGCAUGAUGUCAAACCCAGGCACAUGUUUCCUCCUAAUGUGGCUGCUGCUUCUGCUGUUGGCGCUCAUGUUUAUUCCGAGAAGGUGAAGGUUGGGCUACACGUGUUCCAUGUCGAGCGGUAUUCUCCCUCCUCCGCAGGGGAUGGCAGGAGGAGGAUGCCCCCGUUCACCCCGGCCGCGCUGGAGGAGAUUCGGUCCCGCGUCUGUGAGAGGUUCCCCUCGUGGGAGGUUGUGGGAUACUCCGCCCUGACCGCCACCCCGGAGGGCAACAUGGCUUUCAGGCGGCUCGGCUUUACGUCUAGAUACGUCGAGGCUAAGGCUGACGGCGACGAGGCCGAGAUGCUGGUGCGUGAGGGCAACGACACAUUCAUCCCGUUGUAG